AAGCCAAACAGCUCAACAGCAAACCCGAGAAAUCCACUGAAGAUGCUUUGCCCGAGCACAUUUCAGCCUCAUCUGAGCCCAUUCAUGGACUUCCACUGGCCAGUUCGCAGUCUGUGGCCUGAGACCAGACCUCUGUUCUUUCAGUUCGAGCAAGAAAUGAUGAGACACAUGCAGGAGAUGAGGCACAACAUGGAGUUCAUGGAGCGCCUGCAUCAGAGGAUUUUCGACGAGAUUGACCACGUUUCACCCAUGACGACUUUCAAGCCCAUUUCAUUCCAGCUCGGAAAGGAAGGAAGCCAUUAUGCAUUGACACUAGACACACAAGACUUCUCUCCAGAAGAGCUCGCCGUUAAACAAGUGGGAAGAAAGCUGAGGGUGAGCGGAAAGACGGAGAAGAAGCAAGACGAUGGGAAGGGAUCCUAUUCCUAUAGAUGCCAGGAAUUCAGACAGGAGUUUGACCUUCCCGAAGGUGUGAAUCCUGAGUCAGUGAGCUGUUCUUUAAACAAUGGCCAGCUGCAGAUACAAGCACCAAGAGAAGGUAACACUGUGAGCAAUGAGAGAGUGAUUCCUAUUACAUACACUCCUGCUGUGAAGAAUCCUGCUCUUCAAAACUCAGAGCCGGAGAACCAAGCGGUGGAGGCAGAGGCUGCUGAAAACUGAGCUCAGCCUCUGUUGAAUAUGUAGCCACAGUGGAACAAAUGACUCUGUGAAAUGUCCAGAUGCAGAACGGAUUGUAUUCGAAUUUGAAAAAGACCAUUUUAUUGAACUGUAAUGACAUUUUGAUUAAUGUAUUACGAUUCACUGGAAAAUAAGUCAAAUACUUGUGUUGCACAAUAUAUUUGUUAUUGUGAAGUUGCAAAUUGGAGAUGUUUUUUGUCAGAAAGCUUAUUUUGUGUACAUUUAAUAAACUAACAGUAAAAUUUA